CAGGGGACUCCGGCCCGGGAGGGAGGGAGGGUUCCUGGGAGGGAACCCGGGAAGGGCCCCGCCACCCGCAAUGGGCUCCGCCGACUUGGACGUGACCAUUCAGAUCCCGGACCAGGUCCCGCGCUGUCAGGGAGAAUGAAUGACUUGGAUUGGGAAGGACAGAACAAAUAACUUAGAGGGAGCUGAUAGUCAAGCUAAGGAUGGAGCUGGAGAGCCCUGAGCUGCCCAGUGGGAGUGCAGAAACAAGCACAGACCCAGAGAGAAGGGAGAGAGGGCAUCAGCAGCCGGUGGUGAUUCUGCUGGGCUGGGGAGGCUGCACAGACAAAAACCUGUCCAAGUACAGUACCAUCUACUUCAACAGGGGAUGCAUUGUGAUCCGCUACACCGCCCCCUGGCAGAUGGCCUUCUUCGCGGAGCCCUUCGGCAUCCCCUCCCUGCGCAGCCCCGCCAAGAAGCUGCUGGAGCUGCUCUUCGACUAUGAGAUCGAGAAGAAGCCCCUCCUCUUCCACGUGUUCAGCAACGCCGGGGUGAUGCUGUACCGCUACGUGGUGGAGCUGAUCCACACCCACCGACAGUUCAGCCACCUGCGGGUGGUAGGCACCAUCUUCGACAGCGCCCCCGGCAACAGCAACGUGGUGGGGGCCGUGCGGGCACUUUCCACCAUCCUGGAGAACAAGCGGCCGGCGCUGCGCAUCUUCCUGCUGCUCACCUUCGCCCUGGCCGCCGUGCUGGUGCGGCUGCUGCUGGCCCCCCUCACUGCCGUCUUCCAUGUCAGCUACUACGACGCCCUCAUGAAGCAGUCGUCACGCUGGCCCGAGCUCUACCUCUACUCCAAGGCCGACCGCAUCAUCCGGGCCAGCGACAUCGAGCACAUGGUGGUGGCCCGGCUGGAGCAGCAGGUGCUGGUGCGGGCCGUGGACUUCUCCGCCUCGGCCCACGUCAGCCACCUGCGGGACUACCCCACCUACUACACCAGCCUCUGUCUGUCCUUCCUGUACAACUGUGUGCAUAUGUGAGGGCUCCACCCCUGGCCUGCCAUCCUGGGGUGCCCCUCCUCCCGCCCCUUCUGCCCAGAAAUAAAAGUCGGCUCCCCCUCCGGCC